UCUCUCUCUGCGUGUGAGGCAAGGUCCUCGUUCUUUAUAACUCGCUGGUCACUUUCUACAAAUUUCUAUCAUGGUACCUUUGUAGUCUGUUGUAGCCAGCAGCGGCAUUCACUUCACCUUCCUCCCUCCUUCCUUCUCCUAAAGCAUAUCUUCCUCGCUUCCAUAAGAGACUCCACUCUCCCGGGGGAUAUAUAAUAGGCUGUCCACAUUGCCAUAAAUAUAUCUAAACGACUUAGCCACAAUGUCCAGCAGAAGGUCAAGGCAAUCAAGUUCUUCAAGGAUCAGCGAUGACCAGAUCACUGAUCUGGUGUCCAAGUUGCGCCAACAUCUUCCUGAGAUCCGCGAUCGUCGGCGCUCUGAUAAGGUACCGGCGUCGAAGGUGUUGCAAGAGACCUGCAACCACAUAAAGAACUUGCACCAGGAGGUGGACAACCUCAGCGAGCGACUCUCUCAGCUCUUGUCCACCAUCGAUCCCGAUAGUCCGGAGGCCGCCAUCAUUAGGAGCUUAAUAUAAACACUCGUGAUCGAUGUUAUCGUAUAGAGCCCUUCGUGUAAUGAACCAUCUUGUGUUCUGCCUCCAUCUAGCUUCUGUUUUUCCUUAAAUUUUCCCCCUUCCUUUGGGUGAUUUUAUAAUAUCACUAGAAUUAAAACAAGGGCUAGCAUGUCACUAGAUAUCGUCUCUCCUGUACGGACGUUAAGUGCAGUGUAAUUAGGCGUCGAGUAUAUAUAAGAAAAAGCACUUGCACGCA